AUAUGUCACUGGGACUGCACCAUACUCAUUCGGAAUCACUAGCUAUAUUGGGGAAAUACCUCCGUGAAUGGCUAUAGCGAUACCAUGCCGAACGACGUUCUCCUCGAGUUUUAUCUUGCUUCUGUCAAGGUUCAGUUGUAUGAAUAUCAUUUUUUCAAGUCCAAAAUCUCAGGGGACCGAUAUGCAGAGCUGCUGCAUGAAAUGGAAGUCGUGCGACGGGAGUUGGGAGCUGCCAUGUGCCAACUGUUAAAAUCCGCUUUACCUUCGUUGAUACGUGAUCCCCGAGAUUUCCGCACAAAAUAUACCGAAGAGGUGGACAUACGCAACCUAGAGCGAUGUUUGGUUGCGGCCGCAAAUCGCGUUAUCGCCUACAGCUCAACGACUUCCCCACGUGACUUUGACCUGCGCUCUGCUCAGCCUGCUGCAUCUGAAUUUCUGGACAUUUUAUCACAGGUGCAAUGCCUGGUUUCAAACGUCAUCGAACUGGGGCUUGCGGCUAUCGAUCGAGACAGUUUAUCCGAUUUGCCUAGCAGCACAAGUUCCAACCACAUCCUACCCACGGCGUGUUUACCGGACGUAGCUGGACAUCUUCACGCAUCUUCCCCCUCAAUAAGCUCAGCUACAAUGGUAUCAUCAAUCGCCGCUUCUCCAUUGCUGCAUAUGGGUGAAGCUGUCAGCUGUAGACCUGGCACUUCCGGACACGAUGCGAACAGCCUAUGCACUCUGGCUAUCGUCGAGGCAAAACUUGGUCCCGAUGUGUAUCGUCAACCAUUGCGUCUUCCUCCACCCUCGUCGCUGUACGUGCCGGAGGAGCUGUGCGCGAGAUUAGCCGACUUAGACAAGUCGGCUGCCAAUUUCGAACUCGAGUUCGUCCGUUGUCUCUCGAGGCGUCUUCGAACAAAACAAGAAGCAAUGGAUCUUCAAUACGUUGCUGUUCUCUUUUCCGAGACUCUAAUGUGGGGUCUCGCUGUCCGGUUGUUCAGUAUCCAACAGUUGGCUGAUCGCGAUCCAUCAGUGCUCCUUUCUCUCCCUCGCCUGGCUGUUUUGGUUGGCACUCGAAUAUUACCCGACUCUCCUAUCGGGGCAAAUCGACUGGCUGCGGGACAUCGGUUGCCAUUCAUGUUCGCGGGCUCUCGCAGUGACCUGACUUACCUCGCACGACAGCUGUACGCUCUGCGACUGGACCAACUUUGUCGUUUGGCACGGUGGCUCGGACCCCGUGGUCUACCUACUUUGAUCACUUCAGAGCAACAGAAGCAGCAGUCUAUCUCAAUCAAAAAUGCAAGUCAGACCUCAUUGUGUGGUCGAAAAACCACAGCAUCUUCCAACUCCCAGCUGUUACACACAUGCGCUGGCUCUAGCCCCCGAGUCCCCAGUUAUUCAAUGUUUUCAUCCAGCUGGUCGGGUAACUCCAAUCUACAAACGGUUCGAACCUGGCGUACAAAUUUAUCCGGUCUGCAUCAGCUUUAUAAGCGACUCUCUGCGGUGGCCGACGAGUUUAGCACCAAAUUCCCCACUGAACUACGCUACAUUCUUCAGAUAAGUUUCGAAUUGCAUGAUACAAGCAACUCUGACGCUGCAAUGGCUCAGCUGGAAGGCACACAUAUUCCCGAUCACCAUUCUUCCGAUAGCAGCGAAUCGACCGAUACAGAGUUGGACGGCGAAGUGGCUGUUAGCGAGCAAUCGACGGACAAACACUUGACUUCCAUUGCUCAGCUUUUCGAUUGGUGCAACGUGGUCGGUAAACGCCGUUCUAAGGAGGGCAUGUCCGACGUGCUAAAGUUUUGUUGCUCUCGUUUUGAUCCGAAAAGCGAAUCGGUCAACUUAUCUGUAGCGGGGAAACCGCCCCGCGUGCUCCUUGAUCCAACUGUGGAUGAUGUGACUCUAGAAUUUGGUCUCGAUGUAGCUGCAAUGUUAUCACCACUUGCCACACCAACCGGAUAUGGAGAGGAUGCAACUUGUCUGUACAACUAUCUCAGUCAGACGAGUGAUUCUGAAGGGGCGGAGCAUAUGAACCAGCGUCUUGGCAAACUAACUCUUGGCGUUUCUGUAGAAGGCAUGCAAAAUCGAAGCGAUCAACUACUCCAUUACCUACCAGCAUGGCAGCCGGAUCGGCUACCUGAUGGACUUAUUGAGGAUAAAUCAGCAGGCUGCGACACGGAAAGUGAUCAUGACCCGGAUACCGACGAUGACAAUGAGUUAGAUCAGACAAAUGUGUUCGUGGUCGGGCGCCAGUGUGCCAUUUGCCUUCAACCGUUCACGCUGUUCCGACGUCGUCACCAUUGCCGCCGUUGUGGACACAUCUUUUGUGCCUAUUGCUGUAACAAUUGGCAGACUGUGGAAGGUUUGGCGACUUCGAAGCCCGUUCGAGUGUGCACAGAGUGUUUUCAAUUCCUCACUGCUGGUUCCUAAUAUUCCCGGUUUCGUCCUUCUUUCUUCUUAGGAGCGUUGUCAACGCAACCUCAAAUGCAUCUUUUCAUCCUUUCUCCUCAUAUUCGUGAUAUCUUCAACCCAGCUGUGAUUGCUUUUCAUAUUACAGACCAAUUGAAAUGGUUCAGCACCUUCCACUUACACUUCUCAUCAACAUUUUUGUACCGAUAUCACCCAUACUUUGUACAAAUGUUAAAAAUCACCACGCGCCUCCUGACAAACAACUAUUUUGACCACAUCACUCAUAAAGAGCUGUUUGUAGCUACACAACUUUUUAUGUGCUUUGUGAUCGGUGAGGGGACAUCUAAUGUUGACAUACCGAUUGCCGGUCCGCUGCAUCCCUGGCCUCGUUUUAUGAAUUAUUUGGCAAAUCAACCCUUGUGCGCUUAUCACAUGAUUAUGAUCACCAUAUUGUAUUCCUCCUCAGGACACUGUUCGAUCGUCUUAUGAUACUUUGCUACUUGUUAUCCUAUCCCCAAAGUUUUUAUCUGUUAUUCUUCAUCGGCACUGCUUGCUGCGCAUUUUAACGCCUAAGUACUCGUUCCCGAUUACUUCCUAGGACGGUGCUUUGUAAACGGCCCUUUGCCACUGAAGUACGUGUGACAGAAUGCGCCUCUUGCAUUUUACGCCAGUAUGCGUGAAUGCGAAGUAGUUUUUCACAACUCUAUAGCCCGCCGUUGCACUCGACUUUUGUUAAGAAACCCAAAGGGCUUAUUUUGUAUGUUUGUAAUGAUUGGAAAUUUGAUCUGUAGGCAACUUCUGUGACGUAGCUUUUGUCUUCUAAUAUUUUUUGUUUUUGCCACACUUUCUGAUCGCUGUGGGUGUCUUUUAUUUCCUCUUAUGGCGCCGCAGGUGGUUAUCUCAUUUUACUUGCCUUACAUUUGCACGAUGCCUGCCUUACGUUAUUUCUAGUUGCCAUUUCUCUGAACCGCGAUGCGUUGCUCUUUGAUUCCUUUUUUUCGUUUUCGGUCUAACUCGUUUUGAAUCGUUGCUACUCGGUAGUAAAGCUCCACCAGAGG